UGGUUAACCUGGUCCUAACCGAUAAUUACACAUAGACUGAUGAUUUCUACGACUCCACAUACUCCAAGGGUAGCGGGCGAGGGACCGGAAGUUCCUCCGAAGGUGGCUAUCAUGGGAAUGGAAUUUGAGACAAAGGGAAAGCAGCAAGCGAAUGUUUAUUACGUAAAUGCACCUGUCCCUUGUGUGGUGGAAGAGAAUUUUGGAGGAUACUUCCAUGAUCAUGAUGUUUCUGCACUGGCAGAAGAUCUUCUAGCUCAGGAAAGUGUAUAUGAAUCCUUCCAAAGAAAUGCUCAGAGUGAUACAACAGGAGCUUCGUCAAGUAACAAUUCUAGACAUGAUCAUGAUCAUGUCUCGAGGGAAGCAGAAAGAAAUUCUCUGACAACUGCAGGUAUUGAGUUACAACUAUCUAGAGAUGAAGCUCUAGCUAGAGAAUUGCAAGAGUUGGAGAAUAAACUUGCUGGUGCUUCCUUUGGUGGAAUUACUGGAAGAGAGGCUGAUACAAACCCCACCCCAUCUUCCUCUGCUAAUUUGGAACUCAAUUCUGCAAACUCAUCUGUUCAGGUUGCGCAGGAAGAUGGUAUAGACCCAGAUAACAUGACUUAUGAGGAAUUGCAACGGUUAGGUGAAGCUAUGGGUACUGAAAGCAGAGGAUUAUCUGAUGAGCUUAUAUGCUUCCUGCAAACUUCAACAUACAAAAUCGGGUUAUUCUCAAGGAAAGAAAAACAUGAGGAAUGUGUGAUAUGUUGCAUGGCUUAUAAGAACCGAGACAAAUUGAUGAUGUUGCCUUGUCAACAUCAAUACCACAAAACUUGCAUCACGAAAUGGUUAAAGAUCAACAAGGCCUGCCCAGUAUGCAAUGAGGAGGUUUUUGGUUCUUAACGUAAUACAUAUCAAAGCUGCAAGUGAUUUGUGAGUUUUUAAUGCUCUAAGUGGAAACAUAUCUUGACGUUGGAAAAAGUUUACACUGGGAUGGAAAGUGAGGAUUAAAGAACUGACAUGUAGAGAGGAAAGAUGUUUUCUUGCUAUUCCCAAGCAAUGCCUUUAUUUAGUGCAUUAUAUAUCAUUAUGUAACUAAUGUUUGACUAGCGCAUAAUUUUAAUUAUAGACCAUCAAAGCUUGUGCCUUUCAUAGACUGUCUAGAGGAUGGUUGUGCAAGAAACUUCUUAACACUAGAUAACAAGCUUCGCUGAGUUGGUAUCAGAGGGUAUACUGGCUAGCAAUUAGGGGUGGCAAUGCUUAACUAUUUGACCCAUUUAGCUUAUUUUAAUUCAUCGUAGAUCAUGCUAGAUUAUCUAUUUAGUACAUGGUAAGAUUCAAGUAUGGAUUUUUGAUCUAUUCAAUAAAUUAGUUAAAUUCAAGUU